AUGCCCGAAACCCUGGAGCCUUUUCCGUGGGCUCCACCUUUCUACCUGGCCCCACCUUACUAUCCCCAUCCUACAUAUCCUCACAAGUAUCCUGGUCCUGGUGUACAUGAUGCAUAUAACCCUCCUACGACCACAUCUUCAACUCCUGACCCAACAUAUGGUACAGAGCCUAUCCCUCCUGUUGAAUUCCAGCCUGACUAUCAAGGCUACUACUCCCAGCAGCUUCCUAUUAGGGAGCCAUAUAAUCAUUUUGAUGUCCACGGUUCUCAGUCAUCCACAAAGGAAAUGGAUGAUUCAAGUAUAGCGCAUUCAGGUCCGCAGAUCCGUUUCUCUGAGAAGCGCAGUGCCACAGGUGCAGAUUUUCUGAUGCAAGUUGAAGCUCCGUCUCUCCAGCCCCCAAGCCAUGACUUCAAUCCAUACUACCACUACUACCAUCACCCCAAAAUCCCUCUUCCUGGCCCACCAGAAGACCACGAUCCAGGCCCUGACAUUCCUACAGAUUUGUCUUUAAAUAAUUCUAAUAACCCUGAAUUUCCAGUGUUGCCCCCCAUCAUCCAGCAAUCGGAGGCUCUCACUGGAGUUAACUCAGACCCGUCCCUUCAGCCUGUUCCCAAGGCUGCUUCUGCCCCUUACAUCCCUCCAACAAAUCCUAAAUUAUAUCAUAUAAGCCCUGCAACUCAUGCACCUUAUCCUCCAAAGCCAUAUCCAUACCACUAUCUCUACUACUUUCCACAUAUGGCUAGGGGCAAGGCUGAAAAAUUAGCUCCCCUCAAUCCCAAAACUACUGCAAAAACAUAUCUGCCUGAUCAUCAUAAUACAAAGUUGAACACUGAAAUGUAUCUACUUUCUGACUCAUCAGUACUUCCAGUCCAUGACAAAUAUGACUUGAAGGCAUACACAGAGCAGCCAAGCUCGGAUGAAAUGAUUGACCUUCAAAAAUAUACAUUGCAACCACUUUUGUCUGAUGAUGAUGUAAAAGCAGACACAGAUGACAAGAAGAGACGUUCUGCAGUUGUGACUCCUGCAGUUCAACCUCCCUUGCAAUCCACUCACCCUCAUGAACCAGACCCUGAGGCAGUUCCUCCUCAUGAACAAUCAUCUCCCCCCACUUCAUUGUCCAAUCAUAAUCCUUCUCCUUACAUAUAUUACCACCACCCUUACUAUGGCUACUUUCAGAUGUAUAAUAGACCUGAGAGUUUACUCAUCCCUGACAACCAUGUGUCUCCAACCUCACCUAAAGAAGCUUUAGACCCUUUGCCUCCAGCAUCUACCUCUGCACCACAGCAUCCAUCCACUUGCAAACAUACCCCAUCACGACAAACCACUACUCCGCCCACAGAAUCAGUGUAUAAUGAUCCAAAUGUCCCUGUAUAUCCACACUACUAUUAUUACCACCUCUACUACCAGCCUGAAGUAUCUGCAGACUACCAAUAUCCUGGAGAAAGCUUGUCCUUUGAAAAAGAAACCACAAAAUCAGAAUCUAAGCCCCCUUCAGACUCCGAUUACACCACAUCCACAUGA